GCCGGGGUCACCCCGCCGGAGCCACCUCUGCCAGCAGCAUGUUCAAGGUAAUUCAGAGGGCUGUGGGGCCCACCAGCCUGAGUCUGCUCACCUUCAAAGUCUAUGCGUCACCUAAAAAGGACUCAUCUCACAAAGCUUCUGUGAAGGUUAAUGAGCUUUCACUCUACUCCGUUCCCGAGGGUCAGUCUAAAUAUGUGGAAGAGCCAAGGACCCCACUUGAGGAAAGCAUUUCACAUCUCCGACAUUAUUGCGAGCCGUAUACAAGUUGGUGUCAGGAAACGUACUCCCAAACUAAGCCCAAGAUGCAGAGCUUGGUUCAAUGGGGGUUAGGCAGCUAUGACUAUCUCCAAAAUGCACCUCCUGGAUUUUUCCCAAGACUUGGUGUUAUCGGUUUUGCUGGCAUUGUUGGACUUCUUUUGGCUAGAGGCUCAAAAAUAAAGAAGCUGGUAUAUCCGCCUGGAUUCAUGGGACUUGCUGCCUCUCUUUAUUACCCACAACAAGCCAUCGUAUUUGUCCAGGUCAGUGGGGAGAAAUUAUAUGACGGGUUUACGAGGAAACAUAGUCAUAGAAGAUUUGUGGAAGGAGAACUUUCAAAAGCCAGGAAAUGUGAAGAAUUCACCUGGAAAUAAAUAGAAUGCUGCAUGCUCUGCCCAUUUUAAUCAGUUAUAGGUAAACAUUGGAAACUCCAUGCAGUAAACCAAUAUUUCUACAGAAAAAUGGCAGAGAAGUCAGUACCGAAUGUAGUAAAUUGGCUUUCUUCUUCAGGAUAAACUAUGCUAGGCUUCUUUGUUAUCUUGGGUGAUACCAUACUACAAGUGGACUAAUCGGAAAUCCUUUCACCUAGAGAGAAUGUCUAGCCUUAGAACUCGUUCUCAUGUUGCUAUUUAUGUACAUAAUUAAAAUUCCAAAUU